UUCUCCAUCACUACAGCUCCUCAAGACUCCCUUUCACUCUUUAAUCUCCUCGGAUCUCAGCAAAUCAGCCUUGCAAUCAUCAUGUCUGACGUCCAGCAGGCUAUGGCUCUCCUCAUCACCUCCUUCAAUAAAUACUCUGGCAAAGAGGGGGACAAAUACACCCUGAGUAAGGGAGAGCUGAAAGAGCUUCUUCAGAAUGAAUUGUCGGAGCUUCUGAGCAAAGCCAAUGACAAGGCAGCAUUAGACCGCAUUUUCAAGGACCUGGACACAAACAAGGACAACAGCGUGGACUUUGGUGAAUUUGUCAACUUGGUGUCCUGCCUCACUCAGAUGUGCCAUGAGUACUUCACAAACAAAAAAUAGGGUUACAAGCGCCACCUUGGGGUUAGCUAAAAGAGCCGCCUGCCUUGUGAAAUAAAAGUGUGUCCCUUGACAGCUGUUCUGAAGGACAAAAUAUUUACUACUGCUUUAAGGCACUAAAAAUAAAUAAAUAAAUAACAAACUAUGUUGUGUCACAGAAUGCAAUAAACUUUUUUUUUCUUU